AUGUCAUACGCCGAUGAAAUGUUCAACAAGUUCAGAGAUGAGAGCGGAAGGUGUUUUGCUGUAUGGGCUGUAGAGUAUAUAAAUAUCGAGACACUCCCACCCAAGAAGCUAAUCAUAAACAACAUCGAAUUACCAAUAUUCCUCAUUAAGCAUCAUUUCAGAAUGAAAUCAACCUUCUUCCUCACUUUUUGUGCGGGUUAUGGCCUUGCCAAAGCAGCAGAUAACAGUAGUACCAAAAGCCCCAUUCUCCAUCUUAAUGAAGAUGAUAAUUUCCACUUUGACAUUCUCACUGGUUUGGGUCAGGCCCAUAACGACGGCGCAGACAUCAAUCCCGUUCUUUCUGUUGCAAAGGACAUUAUCCCAGGCGACUUUGAAAGCUACAGUAAAGCCUGGUUCGAGCUUGCCAAUAUGACCAAGGCUCAGGUCCUCGAUCCCGAAAUCGCUUAUGACCCUCUCAACGUGAGGGCUACGUGGUUCUCCAUUGCCAAUUAUUUUCGUCGAGCCGAUGUGUAUAAUCGGGCUGACUGGGAUGACCCACGUAUCAACGACUACUGGGGUGAGCAGCGGUUUGCUUUUGACAAAGCUAUCGCUGCAUUGCCUGUUCCGGGUGAAAGAGUCGAACUUCCCUCUGAUUCCUUCAACAUCUCGGGGAUCUGGUACUCGCAGCCUCAAGCAAAUAACAGUACGAUGAAGCACCCCACACUUAUCCUUACUCAAGGCUUUGAUGCUGCCCAAGAGGAUCUUUACUCUACCAUUGUCGCUCCUGGACUUGCCCGUGGCUACAACAUCUUUUCAUUUGAAGGUCCUGGUCAGCCAACUCCCCGCAGAGAGCAGGGUGUGGGAUUCAUUCCUGACUGGGAACGCACUGUAACACCUGCAGUAGACUACCUUCUCACAGAGAAGGCCGCUUUCGUUGACCCCAAGAAGCUGUCACUGUAUGGUCAUUCCUUUGGCGGUUAUCUUGCGGCUCGUGCAGCUGUCUUCGAACCGCGUCUUUCUGCACUGAUGCUCAACGGUGGAGUCCUGGAUGGAUAUGAGGCAUACACCAACUUUCUUCCUCCAAAACUACUCAAGAUACUCGAGUCUGGUCAGAAAGAAGCUUUUGAUAAGGCUAUGGACGACUUGCUACAUGACCCAGAUGCAUCCACCGAUCUCAAAUGGGGUAUGCUUCAGGCCAAGUGGGCUUUCAAGACCGAGUCAAUCUACGAUUUUUUCCAAAUGACAAAAGAGUAUACUCUGAAGGGUGGCUUGUUGGAUCGUAUCAAGAUCCCUGUCUGGCUUGCCGACGGCGAAUACGAAACUCUUAUGGCGGGCCAGUCUCAACUCGUCAAGGACAAGCUGGGAGACAACGCGGAACUGCAUUUCUUCAACGGUACUGCUGGAUUCCACUGUCAGACUGGAGCCACUCAAGAACUAGCCAGAGUUCUGUUCGCUUGGUUGGAUAAAGUCUUGGACUCUUGA